AUGGUUGGUGAUGUUGUUGCGGGUAUCGCCUCUAAAACUUACAAAUACAUCAUCAUACUUCUCGGAGCAUUUGGCCUAGAGCCAGAUCUUGAGGAAGCAGAAACCACCUUAUUACUAGUAUGCUGUUUGCUAUUAUCUGCAGCUGAGGUCACAUUAAUUGAGAACAAUGUCGUUAUAUACGAGUUUGUACAAGACUUGCAUUUCUUCGUCACCGGUGGUGAUGAUGAAAAUGAGCUCAUUUUGGCUUCGGUUCUUCAGGGUUUCUUUGAUGCAGUCACCUAUUUGUUGAGGAGCAACGUUGACAAAAGGGAGCCGCUUGAGAACUUGGAUCUAAUUCUUUUAUGUCUUGAUGAGAUUGUUGAUGGAGGGAUGAUACUUGAAACAAAUGGAUCUAUUAUUGCCGAAAAGGUUACCUCUCAUAGCAUUGAUGCUGACGCUCCCUUAUCUGAGCAGAUAACGUGA